CUGUCUCUUUCCGUAUGUAUGACUUCGGUAUCUUUGGCUCCUUCCUCAUCAGUAGGGGAAAAGAAGAAGAAGAAGAUGAGGGGAGAUGCCGUCUUCCUCUCCAACAGCCCCUCACAAAAUCCCUUCCGGUCAUUAGAGAACGAGAUCUCGCUUCCUUCUGACCCCAUCUACCCAUGGAUCUGCUCCAUCACGACCGCCGCUGAUGAUUACUGCCAAAAUCCUCAAUCUGGCGUGCAUCUCCACGAGCUUUUGGAGGAAUGCAUAAACUGCUUUGAGAAUGAAGAUCGGUACAGAGACGAUGCUAGAUUCCUCAACGUUUGGCUCCUCUAUGCCGACGCGAUUCAAGAUUUUGGAAAGGUUUUUAGAAAAUUGGAGGAAAAGAAGAUCUGCCAGACUUAUUCCCGACUUUAUGGGAUCUAUGCUCUGUUUCUUGAAGUUAAGGGACAGUUGGCAGAAGCCAAUGCCAUGUAUAAGUUGGGCAUUUCAAGGAAUGCGGAGCCGCUAGAAAACCUGCAAAGAAUGCAUGCCUCAUUCCUGAACAGAAUGCGUGGAAUUGUGAAUGCAUGCUCGCUUCAGAAGAUUGAUACCGAUGAAACCGUUAAUCAUGGACAUGGAAUCAAUUUUGUAAGCCCAUGGUCCAUGUCAACCACUAACGAUCUAUUGAAGAAGAUAGAUACUCAAAUCAUGAAGUAUAAAGGAUACUAUAAGAGUGCUAAAGUCUAUUCUGGAAAGGUCUCCAUAUCUUCUUUGCGGAAUUCUUCUAGGAAUAAGGUCAUUGAGUUAGGUGGCAUAAAGUACCAAAUCAAAGGUUGCUCUGGACAAGGUGCAUUUGCCCAAGUAUUCAAAGCACAUGUGGACAAUAACCCCGAUGAUGUUGUUGCACUGAAGAUACAAAUGCCUGCUUUCCCUUGGGAGUUCUACAUGUAUCGACAACUUGAUAAGCGCAUUCCAGAUGAGGAAAGAUCAAGCUUUGGGCUUGCUUAUAAAGCACAUAUCUAUUCAGAUUGCAGCAUCCUAGUUUGUGAGUAUUUAGAUCAUGGAACACUUCAGGAUGCUAUAAAUUCCUACUUGGUGAUUGGCCAAACCAUGGAAGAAGUGCUAUGCAUAUAUUAUUCUAUAGAGAUGUUGCGCAUUCUAGAAACAUUGCAUAAUGUUGGAAUCAUUCAUGGUGAUUUCAAGCCCGACAAUUUGCUUGUUCGCAAUUCUAGGGAUAGCCUUAGUGAGGAUGGUUUUCAUGGUCGAACUGGAGCUUGGCGUGACCAGGGACUUUGCCUUGUAGACUGGGGAAGGGGGAUAGACCUAAACCUUUUCCCUGAUGGGACAGAGUUUAAGGGGGACAGUAGGACUUCUGGCUUUCGUUGUGUUGAGAUGCAAGAAAACAGGCCAUGGACGUUUCAGGUUGACACUUAUGGCCUCUGUGUUAUUGUUCAUAUGAUGCUUUAUGGAACGUACAUGUCUGUUGAAAAGAAGGCUUUACAAGACGGGAGUUAUCUUUAUCAGCCUAAAUCAUCUUUAAAACGGGGCACCGGGCUUGUUCAUACGCAACAUAUUUUAUAUGCACAUGGAAAAUUUCUAAGAGAAAUGGAACCAUUGAUCUGGCAGGCUGCCACAUGGAACUAGGAUUCUAUAAUCAUUAUAAUCAGGACUCCACUAUCCAUCGUAUUAGCCGCCUGCAAAUGGCUGUUUGAGUGAAAAAAGAUUGACGGCUACAUGCAUUGUGUGAAAUUGAACCGGUUGGACAGCUAGUAUUGUAAAUCCCCCUCAUGUUUAGGCUACAACCAAGUUGCCUUCAUGAUUUCUAUCAAAUAAAUGGUUUCAACCAUUCUGGACAUUCACCAUUUGCAAAAUGGAGAUGCUGGAGAUGAGGAAGCCUCAUAUCUCAGGUUUUGAUUAUCGUUAAUGGAGGGUCUCUUUGGCAGGCCCAAAAACAAUAUUAUAUGGGGCAUAUUGGAAAGGUAUCGACAAUUUUCAUUUUAGCCAAAAACCGCAGAAAAUAUCAGAAAAAGAAAAAGAAAAAAAAAAGCAUGUUGUAUUUUGGUCUAACCUAC